CCAAAUAAACUGGCCUCUCCAUUGACUCCGUACUUUCGCCUUGCCAAGUGCCCUGAGCGAUUGUGGCAUCCAACACAGCAGCCGGUGAAGCACUGUCAUUCACCACGCGACCUGCGUUUCUUGUACAACAAUUCUGCGCCCAUCUAAACCUCAUUGUCCAGCUUUCCUCCCAGUCAUUCCUUUGUAACAGUAGGUGAGUCUACACACGCACCCACCUGAUGCGCCUCGCGAGGAGAAUUCACACUUGUUCUGCCUCGCAACCGAACAUCUACGCUUAUUCAAGAGACUGACUGUCGAUGGUUCUUCAGCGCUGGAACGCCAUUCUAUGUCUCACUCAGUCCUCACUUCACGAGUUACGACUGUCCACGGCCUGUUAUAUUUCGACCACUUUCCUCCGCCUCUGUACCACCACUAACUGCCUCUCCUGACCAACCGCGACCGAUCGCAUCGACGUCAACAUUGCGAAGAUGUUUUGGCGCUUUGGAGGUUACUCCAAUAUCUCAACAAUCGACACCCUCCUUGACAAACCCAAUGUGAAGCUCGAAGAUUUGCUGGAAGAGUCGGAUCUAAUUCAAGAACUCAAAUCCCACCACACAAAAUUGAUCGAGUUCCUCCGUGAGGAUGCCCAUCUCCACACCCUGCUGCAAUAUGUUAUAACUCCGGGUCCCUCUACCGAUGAGUUCGACGAGGAUGAAAAGGGCAAGGAUCCAGUUAUGGAGGAUGAACAGGAGAACAACGAUGAUGAAGAGCAAGAGAAGGCGGAGAAGAGACGACUGAAAUACGCCUUUGUCGCCUGCGAGAUUCUCUCCUGUGAAACAUGGUCGAUUACUGAAUCCAUCAUGGCCAACACGCCGUACCUGGUUGAAUUCUGGGACUUUUUGCGUCGACCAGCUCCAUUGGACCCUCUUCAAGCCGGCUACUUCACCAAAGUCAAUGAGACUCUACUGGAAAAGAAGACGGAAGACAUGCUGGAUUUUUUCCGAUCCCUCCCUGGCAUUGUUCCCGCUAUCCUUCAACACGUGGACUGCCCCAUGGUGAUGGACCUGUUGCUCAAAAUCAUCAGCUUGGAAAAGUCAGAUGGCGGAGCAGGCAUUGUCGAUUGGCUGCAUGAUCAAGAUCUUGUUCCCAUGCUGCUGUCGAAUCUCUCUCCAGAGUGCAACUCGUCCACUCAGACUUCUGCUGGUGACUUUCUCAAAGCCAUAAUUACGAUAUCGGCAAAUGCUGCACAGGACCAGCAGUCUUGUAUAGGCCCAAACAGCCUGACUCGACAACUUGUAUCGGAGAAAUGUAUUUCCCAGCUUAUCUCCUACAUGCUUAAGGGCGGCAAUCCUCUCACCGUUGGUGUUGGCAUCGUCAUUGAAGUCAUUCGGAAGAACAAUUCUGACUACGAUCCGGAUCAAGGACAUAGCACUGAUACUCCUCCCACGAACCACGACCCCAUCUAUCUUGGUACUCUGCUGAGGCUGUUCGCUCAACACGUGCCUGACUUUACAGAACUUAUCCUCAGUUCGAAACAUACUGUCACGAAAGGCGAAAUCACGACCAUCGAGGAGAGAGGUGUGCUGAAAUCUGCAUGGGGCACUCACAUUGAACCUUUGGGUUUUGACCGAUUCAAGACGUGCGAACUGAUGGCAGAGCUUCUGCAUUGCAGCAACAUGGGUCUGUUGAACGAGCCUGGAAGCGAAGAGAUCAUUAGAGAGCGAGAUACGGAGAGGGAGCGAUUGAGAGAACAAGGAGCCUUCCUGACUCACAAACAGUCCGAAGAUUCCGCUGUCGACAUUUCGGUCUCCUCCUCGCGCUUCGAGAACGCAUUCACCACUUCUGCGUCAGCUUCAACCGAAGAGCUCCGCAUUGCUAAUCUCGGAGAUGAAGAUGGCUUUGAGAAGGUUGCAGUUGCAGACGCAACCGAAGCUCCAAAAGAAGGCAUCAAGAGCUUUGAACAUGUAUCAACAAAAGAGUCUACAACCUCGACUGAAAAUCUGGAUGAAACAGUGCGACGAAUGAGUCUCGACAACCCCGAAGACACCGUCAUGACAUCCCCCCCAAAUGAGCCCGAAGCGAAUGUCCCUGAACACCCCGACGACAAGCCUGCGCCUCUGUUUUCAUCUGAUCCUAAUAAAACACCGACGGCCAACAGUCCCGAACCUCAGACAAGCCCAAAUGCCACGAAACAGGCGGCUCACACCAAUCAACCGGAGGGUGACUCGUUUCAGACCGCUCAAGACGACACCAUGCAUAAUUUGCUGCUAGAGCAGGACGCUGAAUCACCAGUUGUUGGAGACUACCUCAAGAUCAUGUUCAUCGAGAACAAGGUGGUGCCCACGAUCUUGUCUUUCUUUUUCCGCUUUCCGUGGAACAACUUCCUUCACAACGUAGUCUACGAUGUUGUCCAGCAGGUCUUUAAUGGUCCUAUGGACCGAGGACAUAAUCGCCUAGUUGCCUUUGAUCUCUUCGAAACUGGCCGCAUCACAGAUGCUAUUAUUGAAGGCCAGCGACGAAGCGAUGAGGAGCAACAGAGCAAGAAUAUGCGGCUUGGCUACAUGGGUCAUCUCACACUAGUGGCCGAAGAAGUCGUCAAAUUCGGCGAGCGACACCCCCGAGAACUUCUGUCCCCGACUGUUCAGGACUAUAUUUACUCCCAGGCGUGGGAAGAAUACGUUACUAAAACGUUGGCCGAAACCAGAGAGCGUGACAACGCAAUCCUCGGCGGCUUCCGACCUGACAAUGGGCUCGGACCGAGACAAGCUGUGUUGAGCGCCGUUAAUGCAGGACAGAGUUUCGGUGCAUCGAGUGGCCUGGCUGCUGCCGGACUUGGUGGUCAACCUUUAGACAGUAUUGACCUGUCGAAUAAUGGAAGCGCCACUAGUGCAGGUUACAAUUCCAAUGGUUCGCUCUCUAGUGGCUUUGGGAGCUCAUCAGAUGAUGAUGAUGAGGAUAUGGAUGAUGCAGAGGAGGAUGAGCAUCGCCAGCUGGCAGCUGCUGAUUCGGGUCUGACGGAAAAUUCUGACCAGCCCGUUCCCUUGUUACCACCUCCGCCAGCACCACUAAACAUCGAACCAUCGCGUGCCCGUCGACGGUUGGCCGAUCGUCUAGCGAGACACAGGCAAGAGGCUGAACAGGAAGUGGCCGCUUCGGAGUUUGGGUCCGAAGCAGAUGACCCAUUCGCUGCGUUGGGCAACGAUGAAAGAGACCCCUUCUCACUGGAUGAAGAGGAGCAAGACAUUACUACGUUCGGAAAGCGCAAGGCUGAAGGAGCCAGUCACGAUUUCUCGGUUAGUCGGGGACUGACAAGCUUGUUUGCGCCCAGCAGAGGCUCGUCACAUGAUGACUUCGAAGGGUCAUUAGACGAUUCAUCAUCUGAUACAGGCUCCGACGUUGACCCCGAGAACCCGCCUCUAGAGGCUCGAACGAGUCUGGAACGGCGACCUCUGGAAGUUUUCGAAGAUGAAGAAAUGGGAGAAAUGGUGGCCCCGACAGACGGCAGUAACAGCUCUGACGAGGAGGUACUGAGCCCGUUGGAAAAGGCCAAGUUGGGCCGUGCCUUUGGGAUGAAUGACCCUGACGAGCAGGACUCCGAGUUCGCAGGUCAGGAUGAUCAUGACGAUGACGACGAUGGUGACCAACUUAUUGAAAUUGCAAUGCCGGCGAGUUCAAAGAGAAAGUCGAGGGGUUGAGAGAACCUCUUGCCCUCCUCAAUGGAUCCGAGUCUCGAUGCCGGCUCGAUAAUUUUGUGUCACAGCCAGUGUCAAGAGCCUGGGAUCCAAUCUGCUCGAGGGAAGAACAAGCGACGAUCGCGACCGGGGAACAUGGGCUAUUCAGCUCCCCGUCCAAAUCAACAACAGCACCUGUACCAUAAGCGAUGUAAUCUGAUACCCGAUACCCAUCCUCACCCACCCCAUCAUCACCACCAACAACAUGCUGUGUUAAUCAGCGAUGGCGACAGAGAAACGAGAUGAAACAACAGACAGACGACAGACGAAGAAGAAGCAUGGUCAUGGUUUAGAUUAGAACCAGAGCUGGCCGCCAUACAUGCGACAUAUUGGAAAGGUUAUGGCCUGGAAGUAAUGUCUUGUACUCUCGAGGGGUGAUGUCUCUCGAGCAUAGAUGGAUGUUCUUUUCCGAGAACGAACCUCGAUUGAAACGAGGAAACGGUCCUGCCAGCCACAGCCCAUGCAGCGUGGAGAUGUGCACUCUGCAGAACAAGAAAAAGGCUGAGCGGAUAUGUACAAUAGGGGGUAGAGAGAGAGAGAGAGAGAGAGAGAGAGAGAGAGCUGUGUACUACAGAACAGCACAGAUCAAUCUAUUACGUUGAUGGAA